CCGAUGCUGAUCCAAUCUACUGCCAAAUAAUUAAAAUACAUACUCAAAACACAGGCACCAAUAAAAUCAACACAAAGCCCAUUUCUCCAUCUUUCUUUAAAUGGCAAGCAGGUGCGAAAUCUUGUGCGAGAUCAUCCUCGCAAUACUGCUCCCUCCUGUUGGGGUUUGCUUCAGACAUGGCUGCUGCAGUGUGGAGUUCUUCAUAUGUUUGCUCUUGACAAUGUUGGGAUAUGUUCCUGGGAUAAUCUACGCUCUCUAUGCGAUCUUGUUCGUCAAUCGCGAUGUAUACCGCGGAGAUUACUAUAUUAUUGCCUAGUUGUUUUACUCAUCUUGUUUGAUAUUGCAGUCAGUUCUUGAUUUGUAUUUACUCCGGUUAUUCUACAUGUAUUGAAUUAUUGUGUGCCGAUUGGCGUUUGCUUAUUAUCGAGAGAAAAGAGAUAUCCGCUGGGCCAUUGCGUUGCAUAUUCAGGUUUUUUUUUUAGUGAAUUGAAUAUACGAGGCUAUUGGUUGCAUAUUCAAGUCUUUUUUAAGUGAAAUGGAAUAUAUGAUUUUGUA